CAAGGGGCUCAGAUUUAUCGCCAUUGCCGUUUGGUUCAAGCAAAAUUUCAAACUUAUUGAAAUACUUGAUGUGAAUCCAUUUCUUUUUUACCAAAAAGCUGACCGAAGCUAGAUUUAUGAAUUUCACUCUCGCUUCGUAGCUAGAAUGGAGAAAUACAGCAAAGUGGUGGUUGGCACGAAGGUCGAUAUUCAAAGGACUGAUGGUCGCGUACACUCUGCAUUGGUUAGUGGGGUGAACAUAGAAACCAAGAGUGUUACAGUUGAAUGGUUUGAGAAUGGCGAAACAAAGGGUAAAGAGAUUGAGUUAGAACAAGUCUUGGGACUUAAUCCAGCACUUAAUGCUCAGCUCAAGCCACCAACAAAGUCUGUACCUACAUCUAAUAAGAGAAUUGCCAAUACUCCUAAUAACAUCAAGAAUGCAAAAGUGGAGUCCUCUGCAGCUACGUCUCCAAGAGUUACUAGAGGGAGGAGUGAAAGACCAACAAAUCUGAAUCUAAACGAAGCAGAAAAUGGCCCAGUUUCUGAUACUCCUCAAAGAAAGGAUAGCACCAAUUCGAACCCUUCAAACAGACGAAGAUCAAAUUGUGUAAAAGAAGUUGAAAGAUUGAAAAAGAACAGAGAAGAAAGAAGGGCACAGCAGCAGGAGCAAAAAGAGAUGCAGUUAAGGUUGCAACAGGAGUAUGAUCCUGGAAAUCCAAACUGGCAAUUUUUACAAAUGAUCAGUGAAUACCGAGAUGGAUUGAAUAUUAAAGCUAUGACAAUGAACGAACCUAUCGGAGAACAUCAGAUAUGUGUAUGCGUGCGCAAGCGACCUCUGUCCAAGAAAGAAAUAAACAAAAAGGAAAUAGAUAUGUGUACGAUUCCUGAUACAGACAUCUGUGUGGUACAUGAAUGUAAACUUAAGGUUGAUCUAACCAAGUACUUAGAGAACCACAAGUUUUGGUUCGAUUAUGCAUUUGAUGAGCAUGCAACAAAUGAAAUGGUUUAUAGAUACACUGCAAGACCGCUUGUGGAAACGAUAUUCAACCAAGGGAUGGCAACAUGUUUUGCCUAUGGACAGACAGGCAGCGGAAAAACUCAUACGAUGGGUGGUACAUUUACUGGUAAACAGCAAGAUUCAUCAAAUGGUAUUUAUGCCAUGGCAGCACAAGAUGUUUUCAAGCUACUCAAACACCCCAAACACAAGAACAAAGACUUGGUGAUCUCUUGUAGUUAUUUCGAGAUUUAUGGAAGCAAGGUGUUUGAUUUACUGAAUAAACGAAAGAAACUAAGAGUAUUAGAAGAUGGUAACCAACAAGUACAGGUUUGUGAGCUGGAAGAAAAUGUCGUCCACUCUGUUCAUGACGUUCUCAAACUCAUUGACCUUGGUAAUAAACUCAGAACAUCAGGCCAAACGUCUGCUAAUCAGAAUUCAUCGCGGUCUCACGCAGUCUUUCAGAUUGUUUUAAGGAAAAGGGGCUACAGAAAAGAUGGCGGUGGAGGUCAUCUGUACGGGAAGUUCUCGCUUAUCGACCUAGCAGGUAAUGAACGUGGCGCAGAUACAUCAACCUCUGAUCGCCACACACGUUUAGAGGGUGCUGAAAUCAAUAAGAGCCUACUUGCAUUAAAGGAGUGUAUACGUGCACUUGGCCGAAAAGGAGCUCAUUUACCGUUUCGUGCAAGCAAACUAACUCAAGUCUUGAGAGAUUCCUUUAUUGGAGAAAAAUCUAAAACGUGUAUGAUUGCAAUGGUAUCUCCAGGCAUGAGUUGCUGUGAACACACCCUCAACACACUACGAUAUGCUGACAGAGUUAAAGAGCUUGGUCCUGAAAAUAAAAGACCAAAGCCAUCAGCAUCAGAUGGAAGACAUCUUGAUGACGAUAUCUCUGCAUUAUCACCUAUGGGAGACAAAAUUGUGAACAACCAAGACCUGGCCAUGCUCUGUACACAUACCGGAUCCGGGGACCAGUCUCAAGAGCUGUACACAUUCCACGACGCCGUGGAUCAACUGAAUGAUAUUGAAGACAAGUUGGUCGAUGAUCACAAGAGUAGUAUCGAGGAAGCAAAAACACUCCUUGCUGAAGAAGAGAAGCUCGUGGAGCGAAUCGAUAACGAUGUGGACUACGACGUUGAAGAUUACGUAAAACGCUUGGACGACAUUCUUGCACAGAAGAUCAAGAAGUUCUCAGAGCUCAGAGAAAAAGUUGGAAUGUUCCGAAAACAAUUAGAGGAAGAGGAAAUGGCGAGUCGAAACAUACGCAAGCUGCCAGGAUAUUAGGAGUACGAUCUGAAUUAGAAGAUUCUAUAUAAAGCAGCUGGAUAUGGGCGCUUAGACCACCUCCUGGAAUCAGCAGCAGCAGCACCAGCCGAGUGUUCAAAUAUUUCUUUAACAAAGAAGUGCAUCAUUAAGUUUUAAAACAAAGUCGAGUGAAUCGUCGUUUUGCUUCAAGAUGUUGGAUGGGUAAAGCUAGUUCAUUUAAGAAAUGCCUUUUAUUUCAACUUGGGAACAUAGGAGUACUAGACAACUAAACAUACAAACAAACAAAAAAAAAAAAAAGAAAAUCAAUGAAAAUCACAAAUUGGUAAAAAGUAAGAUGACGGAGUUCAGUAAUCAAUCCCCGAAGUGUUAGGAGUCUUUUUUUAUUAUUGUAUGUCUUCUGUAUAGAAGUGCAACAAACCUUUGAAAAUCAUGGUGGCUGUAAGAUUUAAGCUUGAUAUUCACUCGCUUAACACAUAUUUCAAAGUUGUAAUGUUUAGUGACACCUGAUUAACAGUAGGCGAAUAUCCCUGGCUCGGUCGAAUUUACAACUUUCAUCUGGUUCUCUAUAGAGUAAAUUUGCAUAUUUAUUUAUUUAAAAUCAAGAUGAUAGAAUUGAACUUGAUUUGAAUAGAGCAAGCCGGUACCGCUCGAAACGAGUUACAUGAUUGGAUUAAAAARCAAUAGAUUGGUCUUCCAAACAAUAGCACUAAACCUAACCUUACAAAAGCGGUACUGUAAUUAGGGAGCAAUGUAAAUCCAGCUUUCUAGCGGUACUGGAUUACUCUUUGAAUAAGCCAGUUCGUAGUUUUAGUAUCGUUAUCAGUGCGCAUUCGCAUUAUCAAUUCGGGAUAAAAUCGCAUGCUCCCUGAAAACGAUUCUUAAAGUACGAACUGGCUUAUUGUAGUGGUACGCUUCAGCCAGAUCGAUUCCUUGUUAGAACACUAAGUGUAAUCCACAUUGUUUUUAUUUAUGUUUAAAUGUGUGUCCAAUAAAAUAAUUACGAGUGUAGAGUGUACUACAGCGACUGA